AAGAAUUACGUGUCAUUGUAGUAAACAGGCGAUAGCAGCAGUACAGGGCAUUCUAUUCUAAUCGAUAAUUAGCCCAAAAGUGUGAUAUAGGUUUUUUCUUUGGAGUAAAACUGGCGGAGCGAUACCCAAUCGUUUCCAUAAAAAAAAUUCCACGAGGAUUGGGGGCUAGAGCAGUGUAAAAUGAAUCGACCUGCAAAGAUUUUCAACAGAACUGCAGGCUACAGCAGUCUGAUAACGUUUGCUGUGCUUUUGAUUGCCUGGUUAGCCGGCUUCUCGUCACGUCUUUUUGCUGUGAUCCGUUUUGAGUCCAUUAUUCAUGAGUUCGAUCCAUGGUUCAACUAUCGGGCCACCGCUUAUAUGGUGCAGCAUGGCUUUUACAAGUUCCUGAAUUGGUUCGAUGAGAGAGCGUGGUACCCAUUGGGUCGCAUUGUCGGAGGCACCGUGUACCCCGGCCUGAUGAUAACAUCUGGUGGCAUACACUAUUUGCUGCAUGCCCUUAACAUUCCGGUGCACAUACGUGAUAUUUGCGUCUUCUUGGCUCCUGUAUUCAGCGGUCUUACAGCCAUCUCUACGUACUUACUUACCAAAGAGCUGUGGUCGUCGGGUGCUGGACUCUUCGCGGCAAGUUUUAUUGCCAUUGUGCCAGGCUAUAUCAGUCGUUCGGUUGCCGGUUCUUAUGAUAACGAAGGCAUCGCCAUUUUUGCCCUUCAAUUUACCUACUUCUUGUGGGUGCGCGCCGUCAAGACUGGCUCUGUCUUCUGGUCCUGUGGAGCUGCUUUGUCAUAUUUUUACAUGGUAUCCGCAUGGGGCGGCUAUGUGUUCAUAAUAAAUCUGAUUCCCCUGCAUGUCUUCGUAUUGCUAAUUAUGGGCCGUUAUUCGCUACGAUUGUUGACCAGCUACAGCACCUUUUACAUAUUGGGUCUGGUGUUGUCCAUGCAAAUUCCCUUUGUGGGAUUCCAGCCCAUACGUACCAGCGAACAUAUGGCAGCAUUGGGUGUCUUUCUUCUACUGAUUGCUGUAGGUGCAUUGAAACAUUUGCAGUCGGUACUUUCGCGUAACGAAUUCAAGAAACUCUUCAUAGUUGGAGGUCUGUGCGCUGCUGGUGUGGUCUUUUUGGGCGUUGUAACGCUCACCGUUAUGGGUGUGGUGGCUCCCUGGAGUGGACGUUUCUAUUCGCUGUGGGACACUGGCUAUGCCAAGAUACACAUCCCCAUUAUUGCUUCGGUGUCUGAACAUCAGCCUACAACCUGGUUCUCCUUCUUCUUCGACUUGCACAUAUUGGUGUGUGCUUUCCCGGUGGGCGUUUGGUAUUGCAUUAAGAAAAUCAACGAUGAACGUGUAUUUGUGGUGCUCUAUGCCAUCAGUGCUGUCUAUUUUGCUGGUGUGAUGGUGCGUCUAAUGUUAACCCUGACACCUGUUGUCUGCAUGCUUGCCGGUGUUGCAUUCUCCGGUCUACUAGAUGUCUAUCUGCGUGAGGAUAACUCUACAUCUAGCAGCAGCAGCAGCAGUGCUGUUUCCAAUGCAGACGAAAAUGAAGAUUCACCCAGCGAAAAGAAACUGCUAUACGACAAGGCAGGAAAACUGAAGCAUCGUGUCAAACACGAUCCCCAGCAAAGCGAAAGCAACAAUGGUGUGGGCUCAAAUCUGAGAAGCAUUGUCAUACUGGCCAUUCUAAUGAUUCUGAUGAUGUUUGCUGUCCACUGCACCUGGGUUACCAGCAAUGCCUAUUCCAGUCCUUCGAUUGUGCUGGCCUUCCACAACAGUCAAGAUGGAUCCCGCAAUAUUUUGGAUGAUUUCCGUGAGGCCUACUACUGGCUGUCUCAAAACACUGCUGACGAUGCCCGCAUUAUGUCCUGGUGGGAUUAUGGCUAUCAAAUAGCGGGUAUGGCAAAUCGAACAACACUGGUGGACAAUAACACAUGGAACAACAGUCACAUAGCUUUGGUGGGCAAGGCUAUGUCCUCCACCGAAGAAAAGUCCUACGAAAUCAUGACAUCAUUGGAUGUGGAUUACGUUCUAGUAAUCUUUGGUGGUGUUAUUGGCUAUUCGGGAGAUGAUAUCAACAAAUUCUUGUGGAUGGUGCGCAUUGCCGAAGGUGAACAUCCCAAAGAUAUCAAGGAAAGUGAUUACUUCACGGAUCGCGGAGAAUUCCGUGUCGAUAGCGAGGGGGCACCGGCCCUCCUUAAUUGUCUUAUGUACAAACUAAGUUACUAUAGAUUUGGUGAAUUGAAAUUGGACUACAGAGGUCCGGCGGGCUAUGAUAGAACGCGUAAUGCCGUCAUUGGCAACAAGGAUUUCGACCUAACCUAUUUGGAGGAGGCCUACACCAGCGAACACUGGCUGGUGCGGAUAUAUCGUGUCAAGAAACCACACGAAUUCAAUAGACCCGCCCUCAAGCCUGACGAACGAACAGUUGCACCCACGAAUUUUGUAUCACGCAAGAACUUGAAGCGUAAACGUGGCUACAUCAAGAGCCGACCGGUUGUGGUGAAAGGAAAAAGAAGUCAAAAAUAAACAAGCUAUUUUUUAGAUUUCCAUCUCUUAUUUUAUUUUUUUUUUUUUUGAUAAAAUGUAUAUGUAUGUCCGACUGAAACAUGUAUGUAUUGAAGAGCAUUUCUGUUUAAACCAAGGAGUAGAAGAAGCAGGAGAUUUAUGCGUUAUAAAAUAAUUAUUUCCAAUUAUAACUAUUUAAAAUUGAUGUGUGACUUCAUAAUAAAAGAAAUAAAUAAAUGAGUUUUUAUCCACUACAA